ACUUGUGUCUUGUAUUUAUGAGAGAAUAAUAAUAGGUGUCAUAAAAUUUCGCAAAUUGUAUCCAAAUUGAUUUAUUAUCUCGGCUUUGAUUUGUUUGCUGUAGUGAUCUUAAACACAUGAGUUUUUCUCAAGGUAGGUAUGUGUAACUGUAGUUAUCACUGCCUAUCGCGUUAUCAAACGUUUCAGUAACGUGCACUACAUAGUGUUAUUUAGAUUGUGUCACAGUGUAUAAUACUAUAUGAACAGUGCUUUAGUGCACAUUGUAGUGAAAUUUACAUCAUGCAAUCUCAACAUGAUAAUGAUGCUGAAAUUAGUGAACUUAUGGAUGAAAGUAAAAAAAAGAAACUACCAUACCCAAAAUCAGUUGGAUUUAUAGUCAUAAAUGAGUUCUGCGAGAGGUUUUCAUACUAUGGAUUGCGAACAAUACUCUCACUAUACCUCCGUGAUAAGCUCCACUACAGUGAUAAUGGUGCCACGGUCAUAUACCACGUGUUCACAAUGUUCGCCUACUUCUUCCCAGUCCUCGGUGCGAUGAUUGCUGACGGAUGGCUAGGCCGAUUCAGGACUAUAGUUUACUUAUCAUUAGUGUACGCGUCUGGCAGUGUAUUAAUAUCACUCACAGCUAUGCCGCCAGUUAAUCUGCCACCAUUAGAAUUUACAAUUAUCGCAUUACUCCUGAUCGCAUUUGGUACUGGUGGUAUAAAGCCAUGUGUGUCUGCGUUCGGAGGAGAUCAAUUCAAAUUGCCCGAACAGGAGAAAUAUUUGGGUUAUUUCUUCUCACUGUUUUACUUCUCUAUCAAUGCUGGUAGUCUUAUAUCAACAUUUAUAACCCCAAUAUUAAGAGCCGACAUACACUGCUUCGGGGAGAACGAUUGCUAUUCGUUGGCAUUUGGUGUUCCUGGAAUACUUAUGGUUGUUUCUAUUCUAAUUUUCUUAGCUGGAAAAAGAUUAUAUACAAUCAAGAAUCCAGCUGGAAAUGUUAUAGGACGAGUUGCUACCUGCAUAAGUCAUGCUGUCUGCAGAUCUUUCAAAAGUAAAGAAAAACGCGAACACUGGUUGGAUCAUGCGGAUGAUAAGUAUGAUACAGGACUUAUCGAAGACGUCAAGUCUCUUCUCAGAGUCCUUGUACUUUUUAUACCAUUACCAGUCUUCUGGGCCUUAUUCGAUCAACAGGGUUCGAGAUGGACUUUCCAAGCAGACCGUAUGAAACAGGAUAUCGGCAGUUGGACACUUAAAGCUGAUCAGAUGCAAGUGCUCAAUCCAUUGCUCAUCUUAAUUUUUAUUCCCUUGUUCGAAGUGGCAAUUUAUCCGUUCAUGACUUGGUGCAAACUAAUAAGGAAACCUCUUCACAAAAUGAUUUGGGGUGGACUUUUGGCAGCUUGUGCAUUCGUUAUUUCUGGAAUAGUAGAAUUGAGUCUACUUCCCACAUACGGUACACCCGUAUCAGCUGGUUUGGCACAACUUAGAGUUUACAAUGGUUUCAAUUGCAAUGUUACUCUAAAUUUAAAUGAUACUGGAGUAAAUUCCACCGAAUAUAUCAUCACACCCUUAUCUGCUUACGAGAAUCUAGAUAUAAAGACAGAGCAAUUCGUAGAGCUUCCGUACUCAAUGCAUGGACAAGUAAAUAGCGAAUGUGCUAAUAUUACGUUUAGUGGCGUGUUUCACCUUAAAGAGGAAACCGCGAACUCAUUCUUUAUCAAGCAUGAAGGAGUACAUGCCUUCACCGAUAAAAAUGACAAAGCAAUAGACGGUGUUGGUGUCAGAUUUUUAUCAAACAUUAAUGGUGUUGUGCAGAUAAAUAUUACUGAUACACAAAAUAGAACAAAACUUAGUCAAAAUAGUAGUAACAUGGAUCAAAAAACUAUUCAAAAAGGAAAAAGUGAUGUUAUAAUAGACGGCGAAACAGUUUUAAAAGAUUUCAACUUUCAGUCUGGCGCAGUUUAUACUAUCAACGUAUAUCAAGAUAGUAAUGGAAUUUACAUAGCAAAUCCAGUGAUGAUAACCCCAGCAAGCACAGUCCACAUAUUAUGGUUGGUGCCACAGUACGUUAUAAUGACUAUGGGCGAGGUGAUGUUUUCUGUCACUGGCUUGGAAUUCUCCUUCACCCAAGCCCCUGUUAGCAUGAAAUCAGUAUUGCAGUCAGUCUGGUUACUGACGGUGGCGUUUGGAAAUCUUAUUGUUGUUCUCAUUGUAGAAGGAAACUUUUUGGAUGCCCAGUGGAAGGAAUUCUUCCUAUUUGCGGGGCUGAUGAUGAUCGAUAUGCUCAUUUUCACUGUGAUGGCAUUCGGGUACAAGUACGUGGACCUCAAGUCAAGUGUACAAGAACUGAACACUAUAGAAGAGGUCAAGAUGCCCGAGAAGUCAAAUAGAAAGAGAGACAAUUAGUUGUUAUAAUAAAGUUUUUAUUAAAUCACA